UAUAUGUAUGUAUGUGUAUAUGUGUGUGUAUAUAUAUUAUUGCCUUGUUUAAUGGUUUAGAUCUGGUUUGAACUGAAAGCGAAAUCUGGAUCUAUAUUUUACUGCUAUUUUAUAAUUGCAAUUGAUAACGAUGAAAACUUUUUCUCAUGAGCGAAAUUCGAUUGCAAUUUAGUACGCUUCUUUUGGAUGCUGUGAAAAUGAAAGAAAAGUAAAGAAAAUAACAAGAAAGUUCUGGAUCUUAUUUUAGGGAUUUGAAGUUAUAGGUUUUGAUAUGGAUAGUGAAAUUGGUGAAUCUAUGGGCCCAUAUAAUUCGGGUGAAAUUAGCAAUGACACUGGCAAUUUUGAGUGCAAUAUAUGCUUUGAGUUGGCUCAAGACCCGAUUGUGACUCUCUGUGGGCAUCUUUACUGUUGGCCCUGUCUUUAUAGGUGGUUGCAUAUUCAUUCCCAUUGCCGUGAAUGCCCGGUUUGUAAGGCCCUUAUACAGGAGGAGAAAUUGGUUCCAUUAUAUGGAAGGGGCAAAACAAGUUCGGAUCCAAGGUCUAGGUCGGUACCUGGAGCUGAAAUUCCUAAUCGCCCAGCAGGGCAAAGACCAGAAACGGCUCAGGCUCCCGGUGCAAACUAUUUCCGACAAGAUGGAAUGGGAAUAAUGGGAGGAUUCAUGCCAACGGAAAAUGCAAGGAUUAGGAACUCAACAUUUUCUGCUACUUUUGGUGGUUUGAUGCAAUCCUUAAACCUUCAUGUGCAUGGUUUUCAUGAUGCUACUGUAUAUGGAGCAACCACCGGAUUUCCGUAUAUGUUUUCAAGUUCGUUUCAUGGCGGUCAUGUUCAUGGCUUUCAUCAGCAUUCAAACGGAGGGCGGCAGAUAAAUUCGCUUUUGAAGAUGUUGUUUUUGUCUGUCGGCCUCGUUGUAGUCUUUGCCCUAAUUACCUAGUAAACUUUAUAUUUUUGAAGUUGGGUGGUGGACAACUUGUACUAUUUUUAAUGCACUUGUAUAUGCCACUUCAAUAAGCUUUUACUUGUGUGAAAGAAAUUGUGCAAUUGAUAGUCUUUUAGUUCUUCUA